UUCGUAAUAGUAGGACGUGUGUUCGCAGUGUCCCGACUGCUUGGUAACCGCGUCGUAACCAGGAACGCGUACGCGAGGUGCGAGAACGCCCCAGGUAACUGUUUCCGCAACUAUCCGCGUGUACCGGGUGAAAAUUGCCAACUCGCGUUGCGCGUAUUCCUUUGUGUACCGCGUAUACACCGGUUGCAACGGUUACGAGAGGACGAGGGAGGAAGGGCCACGCAGGGACCGCCGGAGAAAGGAAAGACGGAAGGAUUAUAUAUUCGAACAACAUGGCCACUGCGAUCGACGACCGGCAGGAGUUGCUGGAGCAAUUUCGAGCGAUCGACGCGAAUGGGGACGGUUUCAUCAACCUCACGGAGUUACGCAGCGCUCUGGACAUCUGCGGCUUCAAAAUGCCCGGGUACAAAGUGCGACAGAUGAUCGAGGAGUACGAUGACAAGCAGAGAUCGGAGCACAAGGGACGACUUUCCUUCGAGGAAUUCGAGAAACUAUGUAAAGAGCUAAAGGCCAACGAAUUGGGUUCGACGUUCAAACAGGUCGUUUCGAAGAAGGAGAAUUUAGAAACUCUGGGUGGCAUCUCCGAGGCGUCCAGCGAGGGGACUACGCACUCGGUCAGGCUGGAAGAGCAACUAGCGUUCAGCGACUGGAUCAACACGAAUUUAUCGCACGACCCCGACCUGAAACACCUGCUGCCGAUCGAUGCGGAGGGGAAGAACUUGUACGAGAAAGUCAAGGAUGGAAUUCUUCUGUGCAAAAUAAUUAAUCAUUCCUGCCCUGACACGAUCGACGAACGAACGAUCAACAAGAAGAAUCUAACAUUGUACAAGAAACACGAGAACUUGACUCUCGCUCUGUCUUCUGCCCAAGCGAUCGGUUGUAACAUCGUGAACAUCGACGCGCACGAUCUUACCAAAGGCUCGCCUCAUCUGGUCCUCGGUCUGCUCUGGCAAAUUAUACGAAUCGGUCUGUUCAAUCAAAUCACGCUGGAAAACUGCCCAGGCCUGGCUACAUUGUUACAAGACGGAGAACGCAUCGAAGAUUUAUUGAAAUUAUCUCCGGAGUCGAUUCUCCUCCGAUGGGUGAACCAUCAUUUGGAGAACGCCGGCAUUGCGAGGAGAUGCCACAAUUUCCAGUCGGACAUUACAGACUCGGAAAUCUACACGUACUUGAUCAAACAGAUCGCGCCGAACACAGCUGGAGUCACUUUGGAAGCUUUGAUGGAACCGAACCACACCUCUCGAGCGGAAAUCAUGCUGCAACAGGCGGCUAAGUUAGGCUGUCGCAGCUUCGUAACGCCCAGCGAUGUGGUGAACGGCAUAUACAAGCUGAAUCUUGCCUUUGUCGCGAACAUGUUCAACAAUUACCCGGGGUUGGACAAACCGGAAAGCAAUAUCGAGGGUCUAGAGUCGUUGGAAGAGACCAGAGAGGAGAAGACUUAUCGGAAUUGGAUGAAUUCGAUGGGCGUCGUACCCCACGUGAAUUGGUUGUACUCCGACUUGGCCGACGGUCUAGUCAUCUUCCAGUUGUACGAUAUCAUAAAACCAGGCACAGUAAAUUGGAAUCGAGUGCACAAGAAGUUUACUAAAUUAAGGAAAUUCAUGGAGAAACUGGAGAAUUGUAAUUACGCGGUCGAGCUUGGGAAAACGAUGAAUUUCUCUCUAGUUGGAAUUGCUGGCCAGGAUAUAAACGAUGGAAAUGCGACUUUGACUCUGGCUUUAAUCUGGCAACUGAUGAGGUCGUAUACGUUGUCGAUCCUCACGUCGCUGGGCGCCACUCAGGGUACCCAACAAGUCGAGAGAGAAAUAGUGCAAUGGGUGAAUUCGAAGAUACAAGCGGCUGGGAAGACGAGUAGCAUCAAAGGUUUCCAGGAUUCGUCGAUAGCCGACGCGAAAGUGGUCAUCGACCUAAUCGAUGCGAUCAAACCGGGUUCCGUGAAUUACGACCUCGUGAAGGAAGGUGGUACCGAAGAGGAGAACCUGGACAACGCGAAGUACGCGAUAUCCUUGGCCCGAAAAUGUGGCGCGCGCGUCUACGCGCUACCCGAGGACAUAACUGAGGUGAAGCCGAAGAUGGUGAUGACCGUAUUCGCUUGUCUGAUGGCGAUGGACUACAUCCCCAAUAUGGAUUCCGUGAAGCAGAACAACGUGCAGAAUAACGUGCAGAACAACGGGCAAUAAUGUCCGUGUGCCGUCGUAUCGCGCGAUUCGUUCAUUCCGUGCGCUUUCCAAGAACUGUUGACUGAGUCGCGGUUCGCCUCCGCGCACGUUAUGUCUCUUCUACGAGCGUAACAAUUGUAUAUACACCUUAGGCUAGGGUAGCUUCUUUACCGAAUCGAAACGAGAGGGACACAAAUUAAGAGAGAAGAAACAGAAAAACGAGAGAAGGGGAAGAUUCCUUGAAUGGGAAAGGGUCAUCGUUUGGUUAUUUGUUGCGAAUACAUGGUUCUAGAGAAUGAUCCUGUUGCGAUUUAAAAAUCCUUGAAUAUGCAGAGUGGUGAAUUCCCGCGUAGAAUUAUCUAGCGAGCUUCGGAUAGAAUUUGUCAGGGAAUAAAUGGAACGUGGUGGUAAAAGUCAGAUGGAUUGUCAUGUGAUGCUUAGUUUUUAGGCUUCUGUUUGUCACGAAAGGAAGUAUCGACGAGGGCGUGCGUGUGUGUCUGCACUGCUCGUCGAUCGAUCGUGUGAUACCGGGAUUCUCCUUCUCCGAUCAUAUCUUUCUCUCCCUCUGCAUAUUCGUAAUCCGUGAGGUUUUAUAGAUUUGUAUAAAAUCCAUUUUCUAACGACGUCUAUCUCUCUAUCAACGACACCGAUUAUCAGAAUCGACAAGGACCGAAGGAACGAAGAAGCGUUUACGUAUACCGGAUAUACGUGGCUUUCAAAUUGUCGAAUACUUACAUAUAUGUAUACUAUAUUUACAUUCUUAAAUCAUGCAUAUACAUUUGAGAUGUGUACACGUAUUUGAUACCACAGGUGUGAAAUGUCAUAACUUUACAAUGACGGUGUAUUGAAUCAAAUUCAGUCAAUCAUUCGAUCAAUUAUUGGAAACUUCUAAUCCAUUUAUGAACGCAUUUUAUAAAAGAAAGUAAAAUAAUUGCUUUACAUUAUGAGCUUAACGCCAGAAGAUCGUAAAUGUUCGUCUUUAAAUUAUGAUCUUAAAAUGCGCUUUCGCAUCGUUCCUAGGCGAACGUUGCUCAAUAUUUAAUUUCAGGCGAGCAAUAAUUGUAUACAACAUUUGGAUGCAUUUUUAAUAACGAAUUAAUCGCAAUCGAAGGCAACGAUCAGAAUCAGAAAAUAAUUCUAUAAAUAGGAUAAGAACAAAUGUUUACAUAAUGUCGAUGAACCAAACGAACGCACAAGCAUCAUUAUAAUCGUGCCAUUACAAAUACCGAAAUCGCAGUCGUGAUUGGACGCUUGUUGCAAUAUUUAAUGAUCGAUUCAAAACACAUGCAUACGUAAAUAUUAGAAUCAUAUUCAAAUAAAAGAUGUUGGCGCGCAGGUGUUGCCGAGAUCGCUCUUCCUUUAAACUGUAUUUUAUUCGAGCGAUUAAGCAACGAAGGUUCCUCUCGAUCGUACGUGUACAUGUGUGUAGCAAGUGCGUGGUAAAGGUCAUUCUUCGAAAGGCACUAGUAAUCAUCAAGGGAAGGCGGAUCGACUGAAUUUAAAUAUUAUAAAUGUAUUUUAGAGAAAAUUCUGCGCGCCAUGCGCGAUGAGUUUAGAAAAAAGAAUCUUUAUACUGGAGUAGCCUUUAGACGUUUUUUAUUAGGGAUCGUUCUACGUAUCGCAUUCAUAGCGCAUUUUUUAUUACGAGUAUACGUUACAUGCGUCUCAACUAAAUUAAGAUUGAAAAUCUUUAGCUAAUCUAUGAUGAAUUUAAUCGAAUAAUUGUAAUUUAAUUAAAUGAGAUUGAAUUAGGGUUUUGAUUGUGAUUCAAGAAUCAAAUGCAAUGCAUCAUUACUUGAACAUUCCUACGAGGAAAUGACGAAAGGGAAACGGGACAUCCAGUACGUUUCGUUCUUAAUUAAGAAGUUGCGUAAAUAGGAGGACAUCGCACGUUACCGCUUUACGUGAUCCAUUCCACAGAUAACCACGCGUACCAGGCUGCAUUUUUUCACGUCAGGAUGCAAAAUUACAUUUCGUGGUGUCCUGAAUUAAUCGAGGGUAGAAAAACAAAGCGGCGAUACCUACACUCGAAAACACUGAUGAAUGCGGUUUUCUUUAUCCAAUUGUAGUAUGCGAGAUUUAAAUCUCUUGAGAGGGCCGUUUGCAAUCCGCGCACCUAGAUUUAAGUUACGAGAGGAUGGAACUUGCUUCGUGUCGUAAAGCAAAAGUUGCAUUAAAAAGAAAGAAUGUGUAAAAUAAAAAUGAAUUUGCCUAAUAA